AUGCAGGCCGGCGGGCCGUACAUGAGGAUGCAGCUUGGCCGCCGCGAUUCGCGUUCCUCGAAGGCAGCUCUUGCGGUGAAGCGCCUGCCGGGCCACCAGAUGAACGUGAACGAGCUUCUCCGAAACUUCGCCGCGGUCAACCUCACCCUCGGCGACCUCGUGGCGCUCUCCGGCGCGCACACCAUCGGCGAGUCGAGCUGCGACAAAGUCGCGCACCGCCUCGCGCCCAACCGCGAUGACACGCUCGCGAGGCCGAUGCGCCAGUUUCUCAAGAGUCAUUGCAAGGCUCCUAAUGUCGACAGCAAGAUCUCCAUGGUCCUUGACAUCCACAGCGCCGCGCGAUUCGACAACCACUAUUUCAAGAAUCUUCAGCGCAAGUUCGGGCUGCUGACGAGCGACCAGGUGCUGGCGAUCGAUCCGCGCACCAAGGAGCUGGUGGACCAAUUCGCGGCGGACAAGAAGGCAUUCUUCCGCCACUUCCACCUCUCCAUGAUUCGCAUGGGCGCGUUCGGCGUGCUCACGGGCCAGCAGGGCGAGAUCCGCCGCUCCUGCAGCGUUGUGAACUGA